AUGGCUGACGACGAUAACUUCGACAUCGACAUCUACGGCGACGACGCUCCUCAGGACUCCUUCAACAAUAACAGUGAAGUCAAAGCAGAGGCCCACGAGGAGUCCCUACCUGACGCCUCUCAACAAGCCGACAAUGCCCACCCCAAUGGCGCAAUGAAGCAAGAGAGCCGCGAUAACUCUGUCAAGCAGGAAGACCCUAGUAGUGCCAAUGCUGAUGAGCGCCAACAAAUUUCGAGCACCGGUGGCUCUUCUCACAACCAAUUGCAGCCCCCGAAGCAAGCUCCCGUUCAACAAGGCGUCAAGCGGAAAGAAGGCGCCGAUGAUCGGGUCGUCGACGUGAAUGCGACCACUGCCCUGCUCAUCAGCGACCUCCAUUGGUGGACUAACGAAGACGAUAUCCGAGGCUGGGCCAACCAGAGCGGAUGCGAAGACGAACUAGUCGACGUGACUUUCAACGAGCACAAGGUCAAUGGCAAGAGCAAAGGCCAAUGCUUUGUUGAAAUGGCGUCGCCACAGGCCGCAACUGCGCUUAAACAUACAAUAGAGUCCUUCGGCCAGGGCCAGCAAUAUGCAAAGAAACACUCGGCCUCUUACCAUGCCCCCCAUGUCAAUCCUUACCGAACUCUGCCCAAGGAUGUCCCCAACCGCAAGGACGGAAACCGAAACGACAACCGCUCUUCUUCCGGAAGUUUUGGUGGCGGGUCUGGCAUGAACACCAGCUUCAAUAAUUCAGGUGGAUUCCGAGGCGGUCGCGGCGGUUUCAACAACCGUGGUGGUAUGAACAACAUGGGAUACAAUAACCGUGGCGGCUUCAAUGGCCCAAUGGGCGGCGGUAACAUGGGUCCUAGUGGUGGAUUCGGUGGCGGUCCUAUGGGUGGAUUCGGUGGUGGCCCGAUGGGAGGUAUGAACAACAUGGGCUUUAACAACUUUGGCCGUGGAGGAAUGAUGGGCGGGAUGCGCGGUGGUAUGGCGAAUCGCGGCAGAGGUGGCAUGAACGGUGGCAUGAACGCGAACAUGAUGGGUGGCAUGGGGCCCAUGGGGGGUAUGGCGGGCAUGGGGAUGAAUCCAGGUAUGAUGGGCGGCAUGGGAGGAAACAUGAACAUGGGCAUGGGCGGCAUGCAAGGCGGCUUCGGCGGCGGCGGCGCACAACCGCAUUUCAACCCGGCCUUUUUCGGAAACCAACAGAGUGGCGGCGGCGGCGGUGGCGGCGACGGCAACUGGAAUCCUCACGGUGCGAAGCGACCGCGUCCCGAGUGA